CAUAAAUUCUUCAGGUCCAAUCUUGAUUCUUUCGGUCCUUUAGUUGGUAGGAAGGAUUAACCACAGAAACAGAACCGCAAUAUAAUUCAACUGCCGCACAAAGCUUAAAUCAUUAUCCCUCCGUUUUGCUUAGUUUUGCUGAAAUUUUCAUGAAAUUGUUGAAAUAAAAUAAUCGCUUCAAAUGUCAUUAAAAGUCCAAGUUGUCGUUUUGGUUGUUUUUCUCAGUUAUUUGACUAUAUCAGAGCUGAAAAAUGUGAACCCGUCUGCUAAUCAAGGGACAAAAAAAGCUGCCCAACCACAAGGAACUCCAAGCCCUGGUGGACCAGCCAAAACCCAAGCAAACCCUUCAAAAAAGGCACCAAAUGUGAAACAAACUGGUAAAGUUCCGCUGGAAAAAGUUGGGGCUGGAGCCGGAGUCGAACCGCAAUCUAAAACUAAAGUUAAACCGGAAGCAGCGGCUAAACUAACAAAAGAACAGGUGAAAGAACUACAUCAACGCAAGAAAAGUGCGCCGGUUAAAGGUCAACAUCAUGAGGAGCCAAAGCAUGCCGAGCACAGUAAACCAGAAGCUGGUAAACCGAAACAUGGUAAGGGUAUGCAUCACCAAGCUCAUGACCUUCAUCAUAACCAGCAUCAUCAGGGAAAACAACAUGUUAAGCCAGAGAUGGGUGGGAAUAAAGAAGUUCCUCAAAAAACGUCGCAACCAGCUCAAGAUCCAGAUUACAAUGAAGUGACGCCUGAGAUUGUAACUGAGCCACCUGCUGAAAAAGUCGAGGAGGUUGUUGUCAGUAAACAAGUAGAUGAGUCAUCAGAAGUCUCACCCGGACAGCUUCCGGAAAAGAACGAAUCAACUGUCACUGGAGCUGAUGACCUAAUGGAUGGACAGUACAAUUUAACCAGGUACAACCGGUCAUCGGAAGAGUGCAAAAAGGGGUGCAGUCCCUCAGGGGUGCCCUAUCUCCUGAUCCGAGACAGACCCCCUCUGAGGGUGGUGAAACCGAGGACUCCUGUCAAGGCGGGGGCAUCACAUGGAGCUCAGAAGCCCUUCCACUCACCCUCUGGCGUGUCCUAUGAGUCGAUCAGAAACAGACCAGAAGUGGAUUUCAAGCUGAACCGGGCGAAGAAGGAGAGUGAGAGUGGGAGCAGGAUCCAGAAGCCAUUCCACACUGUGUCCGGCAUCCCCUAUGCAGACAUCCGCAACAGGACACCCCUCCCAGACUGGUACUACACAAAGUCGUAUAGAUCUGGCGAGAGGAAAGGGGGAGAUUUUGCUCCCACCGACCAGGGUGGGUUGAGGCCCAUAGACGAGAGUCUCUACACUGACCCUGUGCUGCUGGGCCAGCCGGAGGACUUCUUCGAGGGGGGCAGACUCAGAAACAGGGACUACCUCAGGAAGACUCUGCAUCUUAAUUCAAAGAAGCAGCGCCUUCCGAAAUCUCUGAUCAACACGAUCACUCUUCGGCUGAAGGAGAUCUACCACAAGAGCAUUCGGCCACUGGAGACUCUCUACAAGUACGAGGAGAUGGCACUGGGCACCAUCUCAGAAGCGGUGAUAUCCGCCAAACCGAUGGUUCUCUUUUUGGGUCCCUGGUCCACGGGAAAGAGUACGAUGAUCAACUGGUUCGUGGGUCUACCCAGGGCUAACCAGCUGUACUCUGGCACCCAGCCCACCACCAGUGAGUUCACUGUCAUCAUGGCCGGGGACCAUCCCAGAACAGUGGAGGGAAUAGUGCUGGCUGCAGACUCCAAACAACCAUUCGCUGGUUUGGAGCAGUUUGGCACUCAGUUCUUGGAGAAGUUCCAGGGUCUGGAGUAUCCUUCCCAGUUGUUAGAGAGAGUGACUCUGGUUGAUACUCCUGGCAUCAUUGAGAACAGACACAAGCAGGAGAGGGGGUACCCCUUCAAUGACGUCAUGCAGUGGUUCAUUGACAGAGCCCAUCUGAUAGUUCUGGUGUUCGACCCAACUAAACUAGACGUCGGCAGUGAACUGGAAACCCUAUUCACACGUCUCAAAGGACGGGAGUCCCAACUUAGACUUCUUCUAAACAAGGCGGACUCCAUUCCCAUGCAGGAACUGAUGAGAGUCUACGGGACUCUCUUUUGGAAUCUAGCCCCUUUUAUGAACGUCACUGAACCCCCCAGGGUUUAUACCGGAUCUUGCUGGUGGAAAGAUAUGCAAGCUAAGGGUAUAAAUGCAGAACUCUUUCUCAGCGAGGAGAAAAAUCUUCUAAAUGACAUUAAUGACGUAAUCGAGAACCAGUUACAUAACAAAAUCGCGAUGUUGCGUCAACAUGCUAUAAAAGUACGUACACAUGCCUUGUUGGUCGACAGAUUCUUGUACAUGUGGAACAAAAACCAAAACAACGACAAAUUUAACGUUCAAGAAAUGAUUGAAAAACCGGAGAAAUAUCAUAUCUACAAAUUCGUGCAACACCACGCAAAUGUGUCUAAAUACGAUAUGCCGGAACCCUCGAAAUAUAAACAGCUCUUCGAUGAACAUCCCUUAACGACGUUCAGAAGUCUCGAAUCGCUUUGCUCGUUGUUUGCCGGAUGUCCGAUCGAGAUUUUGGAAUCGGCAAUUCAGUCGGAACUUCCGACGUUGCUCAAUUCACUGGAUGUCAGUAUUAAAGAACACCAAGCUCCGGAUGCAAAAGAGAAAAACGAAACUGCAGUCGGAAGUGAAAAGAACAAAAGUGGCGAUUCGAACUCGACUAAAGUUCCUGAACAAGGCGUGAAAAACUAGAUGAUGACGAAUCUAAUGAUUUAACACUAACAAAUUCUGCUCUUCAACUGAAUUGAAAAUUUAACUCUUAAAUCAGAUAAAAACUCAAAGCUUGAAUAACAUCCACUGAAAUAUAAUA